GUUAUUCAGGAGAGGCGGAAGACAAGCGGAAGUGACGCAAGUCUCUCGUCUUGAAACAUGCUUGAAUGGAGGUGACCUUAGAUAAUAAAUUGUACAUAAACUUAGCGACAGCUUCUUAGAAGACAUUACUUUUCCACUUUAGCAGUUCUGUUCUGUCUGAUUUAGUUUGGGAACCCGUUUUAAGAGUUUAUUUUUUACGGGUUUUUUGAGUGUUCAAACCGAGUGAAGAUGGCAGAGGCACAUCAGGCACGCGUUUCGAAUGUGGUCGAAGAAAUGGUCCAAAGUCUGGAGAGAGACCACAUCCGGAAGAUGCAGGGCCGGAUGUUCAGGUGCAGUGCAGACUGCUGUGAUAGAACCUCAGACUCCAUGACUCGGAUGCAUCAGUGUAUCGACAAGUGUCGCACUCCUCUGGCUCAGGCUCAGGGAAUAGUCACCUCAGAGCUGGAGAAGUUUCAGGAUCGUCUGAUGAGAUGCACGAUGCACUGCAACGAUAAGGCGAAGGAUCUUGUUGACUCCGGUGCAAAGGAGCCGGCUGUUCAUUCGCUCAUGGACCGCUGUGUGGGCAGUUGUGUUGACGACCACAUUAACCUGAUCCCCAGCAUGACCCGCAGACUCAAGGAGAAUUUGGACUCUAUACAGCAGUAAGGGACAGUUUGGACAAGCUAAGUCGGUCUUCGAGGCGGGCUGGAUGAGUAGAUGGACAAACAGCAGUCCGGGGUUAGAGACCCGAGGAAUUCAGAGCUAGAACCACAAAACAGCGUGAAGUUCAAAGACUUCGACGUUUAGUCUUGUGAAAGAUUUUGAUAUUAGGUCUUAAUUUAACUGCAUAAAGAGAGACAUUCAGGAAUGUUCCUUAUGUCUUGUGUGUGUCAAAGACAUUCAUGGUGAAUUUAACGAGCUAUCCAGUGUUUAUUCUGUCGUCUCAACCUCUCGUGCUCAGAUCUGUUCAUUUUUAUGUAUUAAAAAAACUGAAAACUG